CCAAAUCCAAUAAAGCAAGGCCAAGGGUGUCAGCCGCGAUUAAGCAGCGCCAUGUCACACAGCGCGAGUUCAGGGGCCCAAGUCAGGGCCAUCGUGACACAGAGUGGCAGCCACGACACCCUUGGUGGCGCAGGUGCGAGCGUGACAUGAAACACUCAAGAGGCGGGCCUUGCAUGAGUUGGUAGUGUCAAUGCCAAGAUUGUGGCAUGGGGUCACGGUUGAGACAUGCAGGCAUGCGUGGAAGCAGCCAAGAGCAUCCGCAAAGCGUGCAAUGCCAGUAGCGGAAGAAGUGUCGCCACGCGAAAAUGCACGGGAUUAUGGUGUCGACACCUUUGUGAUGGACUAGAGCAUCCUAGAAAAUUCUAGAAGCUGGGCGCGCAGGAAUGGCUCUAGACAGGGGUCUAGAAGGGUCCAUUGGGCCAAACUCAUGUAAAUAUCUUCCUAGGGCCUCGUACAUAGUUCUAGAAUGAGAUGUUCUAGAAUAAUGUAGGGUUAGGCUAGGAGGGAGAGUGGAGAAAGUUCUAGAAAUUGUACAUAAGAGGGAAUUUUGUGGAGUAUUUUAGAGACUCAUCUGCAGAAGGGAUUUGGGCCAAACCUCUUCUAUAAAUAGGGAGGCCAAAUAGAAGAGGGGGGGAGGCUAGAGAGUGAGAUGCUAGGUGAGUGAGUGCAUAGAGGGGUUGUGUAUUGAAGCUCUUGUACACUUCCUUGCAAUCUUAAUCAAUUCUCUUUUUCUUC